AUGACCACCAACAAUUCAGGAUUGGUCCACCAUCUUGGAUAUGCGAAUUCUUUGAACGUCGCUAUAAGCAUCUGCUUGACGUACACGCUGAUCUUCACCUGCAUUCGUGUACAUCUGCGGAGGAGCAGCUUCGGCGUGGAUGAUGUCGUCGUAAUUGUCGCCACCGUCGCUGUCAUCGCACAUUUCGCAGCUUCGUAUGCAUGCCUCACAGCUGGCCUGGGGAAACCAUACGAUGCCAUCAAGGGGAAUAUUGGUCGAAUGAGUUCUACUGCAGUCGCUAGCGCUGUGACCUUUGUCCUCGCUCCUCAUGCUGCGAAGAUCGCCGCUCUAGUGUUCCUCAUGCGUAUUCAGUCAAAGACUCGCAGCUCUUACUUUUAUCACAUCCUCAUCCUCGUCUACACCAUCUUGGCUGUCGCAAGCGCCAUUAUAAUCGCAGCCGGACGUCCUUCAGCAUCUGGCUACUACUGGGACUUUGCAGGAAACAAGCAUUCUUGUCCUAGUGAAGAGGGUAGGUGGCAGGCUAUAGCAGUGCUGGACAUCAUCUCCGAAGUCAUUCUGUUGGCAUUGCCGAUCAAUCUCGUAUGGUCAUUACAGAUGCCCCAAAAGCGCAAGGUCAUGGUUGUAGUGACCUUCUGGACGCGCAUCCCGUAUGUUGAUAUCUCCUUGCACGUGGGUACACAUCACCAGCUAAUUGUCCCACAGNNCACAAUAGCUCUCUCUGUGAUCCGUCAACUCUACACCUCAAAACUCGCCUCAGCCUCAACAGCCGACAUAUACCUAUCCAGCACCCUUGUAACAAUAUUGAUGGCCGUCGAACUUACAUACGCAUUGAUAUCCUGUACCCUCACGACCUCGAAAAACUUUACCGAUGGCUUCAGCACCGGCUUCGGCAUGGGUCAUAUGCCCGGUGCUGCGGGGUCAUACAACAUGUCUGCUGUAGGAUCAUCCAGCGGUCCUAGAACGCACGGAGGCGAGUACAAAAGUAACAUUACUACCACGAAAGGGACAAACACUGGAACGCAGCUCAGUGGGUAUAGAUUCCAUGUCAAGACACCUAGUCUUGAGGAUGAGAUGGAUGGCCCGCUGCAAUUGAGACCCUCGAUACAAGGGCUGGAAAGUAGAACUAUUGUGCAGGCUGGGGAGCAGAGGUAUUGGAGUGAGCACGAGAGUGUGAGCAGUGAUGGGGGCCAUGACGAUCUGGUUAUCGUCAGGCAUACCGAGUAUACUGUUUCGCAUGACGAGACACCCAUCAAAAGCCCAGUUUAG